ACAAAUGAAGAGUUGUAUAUAUUGACAUUGUAUUUGCAUUUUCAAAUACAUGAUGCCAAAGUCCUAUUAAUCUAAUUUAAUUCAAAUAUGUAUUUAUACAUUUAAAUAUUUUGUGUAACAUGGAAUCGUGUCCUUUAUGUGGCUGCACUCUGAAUAAUACAAAUAAUAGGUUAAUUGAAGAACAAUGCGGCCACAAAAAAUGUAGAAAUUGCUUUAUACAAGAAUUUGCAGGCUGCAAAAUAUGUGAGCAGAAAAGUAACAUACUUCUAAAAAAUGCAAACAAUUCGUCACCUUGCACAAAAAACAAAAUUUUCGAUAAGAGUCCAUCUAAAAAUAAUAAGAAAUAUAAUGGCCAAUUAAAAUUGAAGACUGAAUGGACUAUUCUUAGCAAGACAACUGCGAAUGAUGUGAUGAAAAACAUACAUGAUGAUUUAUCUGUUCGUAAUAUUAAUUCUAAUUUGGAAGAAAAAGAUACAUCGAAAUUAUGUAAGCCAAGAGAUACAAGUAAAAUAAUAGUAUCAAAUUUGAAAAUUAAUAAAUCAAAGAGUAAUAAAAAGUGUAAUAAAUUUUCUUUGCCUUCACAUAUAACUAUAUUGGAAACAACACCAAAUACUAUUUAUGAAUGUACUAUAUGUAAAAGUAAAUUCAAGUUUAAAUAUCAUUGUAAAUACCAUGAAGCAUGCGAAACAGGUGCAAAGCAAUUCAAAUGUGAUACAUGUUCAAAAGAAUUCAAAACUUUGCCUCAUUUGAAUUACCAUAUGAAGAGUCAUACAGAGGCAUCACGUACUAAAUGUGAUAUUUGUGGAAAACAGUUCUCACAUAUUGGUUCGCUAAAUCGUCAUUUAAAAGCACACACAAGCAAGUAUAAAUGCUUAUCAAUGUGA